AUGGGGUUGACGCCUUCAAACCGGAAACGAAGAGUAAUCCUGUCUUCCUCAAAGAUAAACGAGGUUGAGGGAAGGAGACGCCGAGAACCGGUCGCCAUGAAAAUGCUUCAAUCGUUAAACGCUCUGGCGGGUAAGAUCUCACCGAGUUCCCCGACCGACAGCAACGCGAACAAGGUGCACAUGCACAACAACAACAACAAUAAUAACAACGUCGUGCAUCAUCAUCAUCCGUACUCGAAGCAACAGGCGCAGCAGCCGUCGCCGUCGUCGCAAUCGAGCAACGGCGAUCAGAAGGAAAACACGUGA